CCACCGUUGCUCCCUCCUCUGUCACCUUACCACAGCAAACCAGACACCUCCGUCUCACCUCCAGCUCUUGUCGCUCUCUCUCUCUCUCUCUCUCUUUCUAGAUUGUCGUUGAAGGGCGUAGAAGAAGCCUCGACGAAAGAACGGACAGAAUCCCCAGCCGGCCGGCUCCCGGAGCCGAAGGCCUGACUGACACCAUUUUUCCCACUGGAGGAGUUCUUUCGCGCGGCUCCUGAUUUGCAGCCACGAUGGGAGUUCCCGGAGACGACGUUAUCCAGAUACAGAAGCCGAGGAAGGCCGGUGAGCCGUACGUCAUCACCGUGAAUUGCCCCGACAAGACCGGCCUGGGCUGCGAUAUCUGCCGGACGAUUCUCGAUUUCGGGCUCUACAUCGAUAAAGGAGAUGUUUCGACUGAUGGAAUAUGGUGCUAUAUUGUGUUAUGGGUGCUUCCUCAUUCUAGUUCACUUAUAGUGAGAUGGUCGAAUCUGAAGAGCCGCCUUUUAUCUGUAUGCCCAUCAUCAUGUUCAGUAGCCUUUUACCUCAAACAGCGACCGGCAAACUCCUCGCCAUCACCAGUUUAUCUGUUGAAGUUUCUCUGUCUGGAUAGGAAGGAGUUGUUACAUGAUGUUACUCAAGUUCUCUGCGAGCUUGAGCUCACAAUCCAAAGAGUUAAAGUGACGACAACCCCAGAUGGGAGAGUCUUGGAUCUCUUCUUCAUCACAGAUAACCUGGACCUCCUACAUACGAAAAAACGUCAGAAUGAGACAUUUGAGCAGUUGCAUGCUGUUUUAGGUGAAUCCUGUAUCAGCUGUGAACUUCAAUUGGUUGGGCCUGAAUAUGAGAGCCAUCAGGGUAUCUCCUCUCUUUCUCCUAUGGUUGCUGAAGAGCUUUUCAGAUGUGAACUGCUGGAUAACGAAGUUCGGUCACAAGCUCUAAGCCCAGAUUUGACUAAACUGAAGAAGACUAGUAUCACGAUGGACAAUUCCUUGAGUCCUGCUCAUACUUUACUGCAAAUACACUGUGUGGAUCAUAAGGGCCUCCUCUAUGACAUCAUGAGAACUUUAAAAGACUGCAACAUCCAGAUAGCUUAUGGUCGGUUUUCUUCAAGUACUAAAGGCUAUCGCGAGCUGGAUCUUUUUGUUCAACAAAAGGAUGGAAAGAGAGUUCUUGAUACGGAGAAGCAGAGUGCACUAAGUGCUCGUCUGAAAUUGGAAAUGCUUCAUCCUCUGCGUGUCAUCAUCUCAAAUAGAGGUCCUGAUACCGAGCUUUUAGUUGCUAACCCUGUCGAGUUAUCUGGGAAGGGAAGACCGCGAGUUUUCUAUGAUGUAACCCUUGCUCUCAAGAUUCUUGGCAUCUGCAUUUUCUCGGCGGAAAUUGGAAGACAUUCGACAUCAGAUCGUGAAUGGGAGGUUUACAGAUUCCUCCUGGAUGAGAAUUGCGCAUAUCAGUUGAUGAGGACUGCAGCCCGAAAUCAGAUUGCAGACAGAGUGCGACGAGCGUUGAUGGGCUGGUGACUGAAUUCUCAGUCUUCGAGCCUCGAAUCCGUGUCUAAAAUUAGCAUGCCUUGCAUUGGGGGUUUGACUCGAUUGUACAGUUUAUAGUGGUUCGGGUUUCUCCUUGUGCUGAGUUUCUCUGUUUGCAAUUCCUGUUUCCGAACCGUUUCCUGUAUGAGAAGAGAGUAUUGUAAUGCGACUGUGUUGUGCCAUUCUCUCUUCAUUUCA